UCGAUGAUCUCCACCAGGGUCAGGAAGGAAUUUUCCUCCUCUGGCAAACUGGCCAAGGCUGGGUGGUUUUCUCCUUUGCCUCUCUCUGGAAGGCUGAGCAGAGGAGUCUGGUUGCUCCAGCUAUGAGCACCUCACCUGUUACUGCCGCCUCUGGUUCGUGCAGCGGCGAGAAGCCCACAGGCCUGGCCUUCUGACCGGGCGGACCCUCUGUGUGCGCACGCGGCGUGUGAGCCAGCUCUGAGAAGGGUUGGGAACGCAGCACUGGAGGCAUCCGGGGACUCCCGCUUCCACGCCAUCGCUGCCUGGCCCUCCAAGGGUGAUGUUGGACUCCGUGACACACAGCACCUUCCUGCCCAACCCAUCCUUCUGCGACCCCCUGAUGUCAUGGACAGAUCUGUUCAGCAAUGAAGAGUAUUACCCUGCCUUUGAGCAUCAGACAGCCUGCGACUCCUACUGGACGUCAGUCCACCCCGAGUACUGGACAAAGCGCCACGUCUGGGAGUGGCUGCAGUUCUGCUGCGAUCAGUACAAGCUGGACGCCAACUGCAUCUCCUUCUGUCACUUCAACAUCAGUGGCCUGCAGCUGUGCAGCAUGAGCCAGGAGGAGUUCAUCGAGGCAGCGGGCAUCUGUGGGGAGUACCUGUACUUCAUCCUCCAGAACAUCCGCACGCAAGGUUAUUCCUUUUUCAAUGACACCGAAGAGACCAAGGCCUCCAUCAAAGACUGUGCUGGGGAACACAUCUGGAAGCACAAACCCCUGCCCUCUAGCAGGCGCCAGCAGACAUCGGACUACAUAAAUAAAGGCAUCGGCAUACUCCAAGAUGCUGAGUCCAACUGCUUGAAAGCCAGUGGCAUCAAAAGUCAAGACUGUCAGAGCCACAGCAGGACAAGCCUCCAAAGUUCUCAUCUGUGGGAAUUUGUACGAGACUUGCUUCUGUCUCCUGAAGAAAACUGUGGCAUUCUGGAAUGGGAAGAUAGGGAACAAGGUAUUUUUCGGGUGGUUAAAUCAGAAGCCCUGGCGAAGAUGUGGGGACAAAGGAAGAAAAACGACAGGAUGACCUACGAGAAGUUGAGCAGAGCUCUGAGAUAUUACUACAAAACCGGAAUUUUGGAGCGGGUGGACCGACGGUUAGUGUAUAAAUUUGGAAAAAAUGCACACGGCUGGCAGGAAGACAAGCUAUGAUCUGUUCCAAGCAUCAAGUUCAUUUUCUGGAUUACUGUCUUUGAAAACAAUCAGAUUGCGACAGUCAUUUGAAGGUCUUUUUUUUUUUUUAACCUACAAAUGUGCUGAUAAAAUUUCUGUACAUCUCAGCUUACAUUUGGACUCAGCUGUUGUCUGCUUGGGGUGACAGCUACAGCCCUUCACAAAUCUCCCUCUCCCCAAGGAGAGGAAGGGAUGGUCUUUCAUGGUACGUUGAUCUAUUAUUAUUUCCCUAAUCAAAAAAUGGCAGAGCCACAAUAGCCAAUGUCAUUGGUGUUGCUCAGAGAAAAGACCUAAUUCUGUCAGUGGAGACAGAUCCAGUGCUUCUAAUUCCCAGCUUCCAACCCUGUCAAGUGGUUAACUGUGGCAACUCACAAGAAAAAAGAAAUCGUGAUUGGUAUGUAGCUUAUAGUAGGAGAGAGUGAGAUAUAAGACAUAUAUACUUUAGAUUUUAAAUCAUGAAAGUCAAAUUCCAUAGAAAAGUUUCUUAAUAAGAAAAAGCUCAGCCGAGACAUCACUGCAUUCAGCGUAGGUUGAUAGUAGGUUCCUCGACCACGACGUCUUUUUGACCACUCGGCAAAAUGCCCACGGUCCCCCUUCUGGAGUUACACACUGAAAAUUAACCACAUUAUUAAUUGCCACUGAGGUUAUUUCCCCUCUUCACUGAUGGAUUUUUUUCACCUACAAAUGUGCUGAUAAAAUUUCUCUACAUCUCAGCUUACAUUGGGACUCCGGUGUCGUCCUACUUGGGAUGACAGCAUCAGAUAGGCAAAGAGUUAGCGACAGGCAUGCACAACAGUUUCCAAAUCACUGCUGUUUCUGUGAUUCCGGCCAUCAACAGGAUAAAAUCAUAAUUCCUUGAUUCUGUCUGAGGUCGACAUUAAACCUUAUAGAACUGGAAAAGUCCCAACAACCUGUCAGUUUCUUUUGUUCUGUCUUCUUAUCCCAUGAGUACUCAAGUUCUAAAACACAUUUCCUUGGCAAAAAUAGCAAAGCUGAGUUGACACCAGUAAAUGCUCACAGGCUAAAGUCUGCAGUGGCAUUUUCUCACCGUUCACUGGUCUGUAAGUUGUGGCCUACACCUAGGUGGCCUGGCCCUGGGCCUCGGACUUUACCAGAGCUGACCACCAAGUGCUGAGGCACCGAACCACAACACAGGCUGCAGACUUUGUUUUUAAAGAAAAAAAUGUGAAUUACUGUAAAAUAAUCUAUUUUUGGACGCAUGUGUUUUCCAGGUGGAUUGAGUUUGUAAACAAUGUGAAUAAAAUAUUUAACAUGUUUAA